AUGCCCUAUUGCAUAAUAUGUUAUUUUAAAAAACCAGAACCAGAGUUUAAAGUAUGGAUAAGUGGUAAUGAUACAAUCGAUAUGAUAAUUCGACGCACACAGGUUGACUAUGAAGACUUUUUUUAUUGGGAGUGGAUAGAUCCAAAAGACUUGGUCAAUAUUCAAUAUCUUGCAGACGGAGGGCUUUCAUCCGUCUAUAAAGCAACAUGGCUUAAAGGAUAUCCCCGCAGGCAUAAUGGGUUAAGACCUCAAAGGGGAUCUGUUAUGGUUGCACUUAAAACGCUUGGUUCUUUUGAUGAAGCAACGAGUAUUAUAGAUGAGUUUAAUAAUAAACUUCUUUCAAAUAAGAAAGAUCUUGAAACGUGUUCGGAAAUUUAUGGGUUAACUUUUCUCGUACAGAAAAAUCAAAUUGCUAUAGUAAUGGAUUUCUAUGAAGAAUAUGAUGAAAAAUAUAAUAACCAAAAUGGAAAACAAACUCAAACAAAAGAACAUUUUAGUGAACCUUUUUCAAGCAGAUUUAUACCACUUUUUACAGCUUUUGCACAACAAAAAAAAUAUAAAGACACAAUUUUUAAGAAAGUUCAAAAUGAUAAUUCAUUAUUAACUUCUAUUGAACUAGUUUGCCCAAAAUGCUAUUUGGAUUGCAGAAUGUGUAAUAGACCUUGUCAAGAUGAUGAAGAAUGGUGUAACAGAUGUUCUGUAAGAAAGCCAAAAACAGGUCUCAAAAAUUUAACAAGGGGUUUUGAAAAAUACAACAAAUUGGCUCAAGAUACAUAUCAAAUCGAUAAAGAAAAGGAUCUAGAGUAUUAUUUGGAAUGGAUAAAUCCCGAACGAAUUGUAGAUAUUCAGCAUCUUGAUAAUGGUGGAUUUUCAUCUGUUUAUACUGCCAAAUGGCUUGAUGGUUAUCCUCGUGAACCAAAUGGAUUAAGACCUCGAAAGGGACCAGUUACUAUAGCACUUAAGAUAUUUAAUUUGGAUGAUAAGGAUAAGGAUAAAUCAUUCGAUACUGAGAUAGCCGUUUAUACAUCACGAGUCCUUGCUGUUUUACCAGUUAGACUUCGGAAUGAAAGUUUUGGAAUUACCAUAGUUCCAGGAAUGGGGAUUGCUAUGGUAAUGGAAUUUUGUGAGGGUGGAAAUUUAAGAAGUUUUCUUCAAAGCAUAUGCGAUGAAAGCCGUCCAAAAAUUAAUGAAGGCACACCAACUUUUUGGGUGAAAUUAAUGCAAAGAUUCUGGGAUAAUGACCCUAAGAAACGUCCAAGUGCUAUAGAAGUAGUGGGUGAAGUGAUAUCUGAAUUAGAAGUAAUACAGAAGAUGCCUCAAGAAGAAUUUUAUGAGUACUUAAAACGUGAUUUGACAAAGGAGCAUCCUAAUACUGCCCAUUUGAGCAAAUUUAUAUCAAUAAUUACAAAUAAUGAAAAUUCAGAUUAUGAAUAUAUUAUUCAUGAAGAUUCAACAUUUGCGAACUCG